AUGGCCUCCCGAAUACCCCUUAAGCAGCUUGCCAGAACCAGCACCUUCCCAAGCGCCUUCUUCUCGCCGCGCAUCGCCGUCCCCGCAGCCCGCAGCCUAGCCACCGCAACCACCACCCAAUCACCAGCACACAAGCCCAAUGACGGCACCGCAAUAGUCCUCCUAAACAUGGGCGGCCCCAGCACCGUCCCCGAAGUCCACGACUUCCUCUCCCGCCUCUUCGCCGACGCCGACCUCAUCCCCCUCGGCCCCCUACAGAAGUACCUCGGCCCCCUCAUCGCGCGCCGCCGCACCCCCAAGAUCGAAGCCCAAUACUCCGUCAUCGGCGGCGGCUCCCCCAUCCGCCGCUGGUCCGAGCUGCAAGCCACCGAGGCCUGCAAGCUCCUCGACAAGCUGCACCCCACCACCGCACCACACAAGCCGUACGUGGCCUUCCGGUACGCCGCGCCCCUCACCGAAGACACAUUCCUGCAGAUGCAGGCCGACGGCAUCCGGCGCGCAGUAGCAUUCACGCAGUACCCCCAAUACUCGUGCUCGACGACGGGGAGCUCCCUCAACGAGCUGUGGCGGCUGGCGAAGAAGUACGACCCCGCGGGGCAGAUCGAGUGGAGCGUCAUCGACCGGUGGCCGACGCACAAGGGGCUGGUCGACACGGUGGCCAAGCACAUUGAGGCGUCGCUGGCGACGUACCCCGAGGGACAGCGGGGGGGCGUGGUGCUGCUGUUCUCGGCGCACAGCCUGCCGAUGUCGGUCGUGAACCGCGGGGACCCGUAUCCGGCCGAGGUCGCGGCGACGGUGUAUGCGGUGAUGCAGCGCCUGGGCUUCAAGAACCCGUACCGGCUGGUGUGGCAGUCGCAGGUGGGGCCGAGGCCGUGGCUGGGCGCGCAGACGAGUAAUACCGUCGAGGAGUAUGUCAAGAAGGGGCAGACCAACCUACUGCUCAUCCCUAUCGCUUUCACUUCCGACCACAUCGAAACCCUCCACGAGCUCGACCUCGAGAUCAUCGCAGAGUCCAAGCAGCCCGGCAUCAAGCGCGCAGAGUCGCUCAACGGCGACCCCAUGUUCAUCAAGGCGCUGGCCGACAUUGCGCACGAGCACCUCAGCGGCGGCGCCAGGACCAGCACGCAGCUGGGGCUGCGGUGCCCAAUGUGUGUCAGCGAGAAGUGCAGGGAGCAGAAGAAGUUCUUCGCGGGGAGGAAGGAGGUGGAAUAG